GAGCCACUUAGGAUGGAUCCACACAAAUCCUAAAUCAAACGGCUUAAACCAAUCUAAAACCGUGAAUUCCAACACAGAAGAUGGCAAGUCCUUUUUGAUGAGGCCAAGAACCGAGGCACGCGUUAAAUGAUGAUUGAUGCAGCACAGCUGUAACCCAAACACAUCUCUGCUCCCGUGACCCCACUGUCCCUUUUACCAAACCAGUACUACUUUCAUUACAGCACCCUUCUUCAGACUUCAACAAGCCCCCCAUCUUUGCAACUUGACAGUAAACAAUGGCUUCUUCACUUCUCAACAAGCUUCUUUUUCUCCUUUUCAUCACUUACGUUGUCCUUUCAAGCUCAAAAGUUGAAGCUCAAGUUGAAGAGACAAGCUUGGAGCUGAUGAGAGAUGCUUUAGAAUGGCCACUUUCAAUGUCGCUUUACAGUAACUUAAACGACAAUGAGGAGAUAGAUGAUGAAGAGGAAAGUGGGUAUAGUCGUAGAUCCUUGUACUGGAACAGAAUGAGGUAUUACAUUUCGUACGGGGCGCUUUAUGCUAACAGAAUCCCAUGUCCACCAAGGUCAGGCAGGUCUUAUUAUACUCACAACUGUUUCAACGCUCAUGGCCCUGUCCAUCCUUACACUAGGGGUUGUUCCAGGAUCACUCGCUGCAGGCGAUGAGGUUAUUAAUUUAGGCUUUGAACUGGGUUUUUCUUUUCUAUUGGAGAAGAGUAAAUUUUGGCUUUGUAUUAAUUGUGGAAGAUUUGAGUGUUAUUAGCUAAAAUAUCAAGAGUUUUAGAGUUUUGGGUGUUUAUUUUUCUUUUUUUUUUUCAAUGGUUGAGCUAUUGUAGAGCUAUCCCUUCAUUAUAUAUGUGAUCUCAUGAACUUACAUGUAAAUGCUUGAAGACUUGAAGAACCCUCUGAGAUCUUUGUCAAGUGUCAGCUCGUACAAGGUUUUUUGUUAAAGGGACUUUAGUUGGGCUGAGAUCAUUGUAGAAGAUUUGGAUGAUGCAAUUACAUACUACUAUUUGAGCUUUUGGUUAA